AUUUCUAUGUGUUUCCGGCUGCCUGAAGGCAGUUCCAAAUGGAAAAACGAGUGCUGGUUUGGCUGGAGUAAUCUUGAUCGGUCGUGUGGGAAUAUUGAAUAGGCGAACAGCAGCAUACGUGGUCAGACAGCCGUCAGAGCGGAACAGACGCGGGAGCUGAGCUGUGCUGUGUAUUAGCAGCUUUCACACUAUCCCAUCCUUAAAAAACCUUUAACAGCAUGGGCGAUUUCUAAACAAAUACUCUGGGAGAUACUGUGACCUACAAUGGCUGUGGAUGCGGCUGCCAGCUUCAGUUUCUGCAGGAAUGUUCUGGAGCACACUGUCUCGGCGGAGGAGCUCAACUACCAGUUGCCCCGGCAGCCAGGGGGCAGCCUUACCUGGCAUGAUGGGAGAGGGCAAAGGGUGGCAGGUGGCAGGACCGUCAAACUGCUGCAGCAGCCAGGGACAGAAACAAUACAGAUCAGAUCGGGUCAGGCGUUCAGUGUCUACCACACAAGCCCCACGCUGACCAGUCUAUCCAAACCGGUCGUCCUCUGGACACAGCAGGACGUCUGCAAAUGGCUGAAGAAGCACUGUCCACACAACUACUUGACCUACGUAGAGGCCUUCUCACACCACGCUAUUACAGGGCGAGCACUCCUGAGACUGAACGGGGAGAAGCUGGAGCGCAUGGGCAUUGUUCAGGAGACUCUGCGGCAGGAGGUCCUACAGCAGGUGCUGCAGCUGCAGGUGCGAGAGGAGGUGCGGAACCUGCAGCUCCUCAGUCAAGCUUCUUUUGGAAAUCUCUAGAAGCUUAUCCGUCCUUUUGGCAGCUCGCUUCUCACACAAUGCAUCUGGGAUUCCUUUGGGAGGGACUGCUGCAGACUCCAGAUAGGAAGAUGGAAAAGCAUUCUUUCAAUUGGAAAGAAGGCUUUGGCCUCCGAGGGACUGAUUCAAACCACACUCUGCGAGGCUUUAGAGGAACAGGCUUAUAACAAGGGUGGACACUGAAAGCGUGCUGCUGGGGAUUCAUACAACGGCCUGCAAUGUAGAUGAACAUUGUUAGCGAAACCCAAUAGGACUUCUGUAUGGAUUUUUUUUUUUUGUCAGGCUGAAAACUGAAACUGCUAAGCACCUCUGAUAAUCAGAUUUUAAAAUGCAUUUCUCGUAUUCUAAAUAUGGAGAAUCCUUUUAGACUUCAGAUCACUUGUAUUAACAGGUCCUGUGGUUUUCUUUUACACUAAUGGACUGACCUUGCUGUCAAGCCAUGGUGGUCGAUGCUAACUGUUAAAUUGUUCACCAUCUUAAAACUGAAUGCUAAAGUUUUAACGCUGCCAUAAAUAAUAAUAAUAAUUAUAAUAAUUAUUUAUUAUUUUUAAUAUGUUUGUUAUGUUGACAUUGAUUUUUGUUUUUAAAUUAUUCUCAUUUAAAAUUGUAACACAUUUUAAUUAGACAACAUCCUCCUAAACAACACAAGUCGUUGUAGUGUCACAAAAUGAAGUUACAAACAAUCAAGACAACUGGAUAACAGAGGACCGUUAUAAUUUCAAUGAUUUUAAAAGAAAGCCAGUGAAUGUGUACAAUAUUUGAUGCAUUGUAAUGCAUUGCAAUCUCUCUCUAUAUAUAAUCUAUAAAUGUAAUUACAUGGCAAAUGCCUGUAUCCCGGUGUUACAAUCUAAUUACAUCAGAUAACAAAAUCUUGUUCCCGAAGCCAUUCAUAUAAUUACACAGUAGCCACUGUGUGAACGAAGAAGCAUUGCUAAUUACCCAGUAAUCUGUUCUGUAAUAUCACGUGGUACCCAAUAUUAUGUCUAUGAGAUGGGUAAUAUUAAAAGGACUCAUUUCUUAUACCAGUACUCACUGUGUAUUCAUCCUGUAGCUUCAUCAGGCUUCCCUUCAUUCUUAAAAACCUGUUCAUUGUCUGUAAGGUAUAGGCACAUCACUGUGUGUUUCAGCCUGGAAAGACAAAAUGUUUGAAAUGUUGAUGGAUUUAUUACCGGGAUCUAAAUUAUAUAGAACACUCACAUGAAUCACCGUCAAUUGAUUUGCACAGGGUUGCUCUUCUCUGAGACAAAGUGAAAGUGUGGGUUUAGUGCAAUAUUUAUGCAGAAUAUAUUCAAUAUUCAAGGACAGCCGUCAAUCCAGAAAAAACACAAUGAAGAAUCUGUUGAACUGAAACCCUCUCUUCCCAAGACUCUCUUUCUGUCAAUCUUUAUUAUACAUCUAGUUUCACAGACCUCUUUGAGUACUGCAGUCCAACAUUAGUGCUCAUCGGGGACUGUUAAACCAGUCAUAUCUUAUUGCUUUGUAUCCCGCAAUCAUGUCACAUUUUAUAAUCGGGUAUUAUUCCUUUGGUUACAGUUGAAGACAUUCUUCCAUAAAAAGCAGAUGUUGUCUAUCCCAUUUAACUAAAGGCUGUUUUAGCUGCUGGCACAAAUUUCCUUUUAUCUCUGAAGCCUUUUUAUCACUUGAUCUAAAUAAACCUGCCCCUUCUACUACCUGCAGCAGGAAAAAUUGAACAAAGGAAAGAAAUGGAUCUCAUUUUUAACAAAUAGUAUAUUGAUACUAUUCUACAGAAAACACCUGCAGAGAUUGAAUUUGCAUCAGAGGGUAACAACCUUCUUGUGAAUUGCUCUAGGGUGUACAGUAGCGUGUGACAUUAUUAGCCACACAUUUUUUACCUUGCUAGCCCCGAAUCACACUUUUGACAAAUGUAUUAAGAAUGGGUUUACAUUAAUGCAAACAUAGAUAUUGCCUUAUGUAAAGUACCUUGCUUCCAUCAACUUAUUUUCCAUAUUUUUUCCAAAAACCUUGUUUCCUUCUAUCCUUGAUUGUAAGUAAACAUGGUAAAUAUACAGGAAUGUGAAUACGGCAGAAUCAGAGCGUGUUCUUGUAAUAUAUUUGUAUUAAAAAUGAU